AUGGAGCAACUUCAAGAGAACCAAGUUGUCCUUCAGGAAGAAGCAUCCCAAAUGCGGUCCCAAAUGCGGCAAUUGAUGGAGACUAUUCAAGCAGUCGCAAGAGGUCAGGAGUUUAUGGCAAAAAUGCAAGAAGAAAUGAACCAACGUGUCAGUACUACCAAUCCUCCUACUCCUCGAACUGUCGAGAAUCCGACUCCAGUUCCUCAAGUUGAUCCUCCAAUCAACAUUAAUGCACCCGGAGGUGUUCCAAACGACAAUCCUCGUCCUCAUGCUCUUGAGACAGACGACCAACUUGAUGCAUUCUUCAUCCCAAGGGACGCUUCUCAAGAUGACGCCUUCGGUUCCGCAACCAACAAGGUGGAAAGGAAGGUAAAGGCUAUCGAGGAAAAGCUCAAGGCAAUGGGGAGCACUGACAUUUUGGGCCUCGAUGCGGAAGAAAUGUGCUUAGUACCUGGGGUCAUCAUUCCGGCCAAGUUCAAAGUUCCGGACUUUGAAAAAUAUAAGGGAAAUAGCGACCCUAGGACACACAUUAGGGCAUACUGCCGAAAGAUGGCUGCCUAUUCCAGCGAUGAUCAACUUCUAAUGCAUUUUUUCCAGGAUUCCCUCAGUGGGGCAUCUUUGGAUUGGUACAUGCAACUCGAGGGCAACCAUAUUCACACCUGA